CCGGGAGCACCUACAUACUGCUCUAAAAAUGCAACACAAAAAGGUGAGCACAAUGCCGAGGAUAUAACAAUUAUCGAGUACAAAGUGAGUCCAAGACUUGGUGAUGACAAUACCAGCAACUGUGCUGAUGUAGUUUCUGUCCAAGUAACUUACGAAUUCCAAAACGAUAAAAAGGAAAGAUCUUUUAUUUAUAAAAUACCUUUCAAUCACCCACAUUACGAAGCCGUUCGUCAACUAGGCAUGUAUGAAACAGAAACAAACAUGUAUAAAACCAUUCUACCGAAACUAAAUGCAAUCCUCCCUCAGCCAAUCUCUCCACAGUGCUUUCUGUUAGCUGAUCGAGACACUCUUGUAAUGGAAGACCUGGCUGCUUAUGGAUAUCGAAAUGGACCAGCUAGGCUGGACUUCGACCACUGUGUCAUUCUAUUCAAAACGAUAGCCAAGUUUCAGGCUGCAUCCUAUAAACUCAGUCUGGAUGAUCCAACUCUGAAGAAUGUCAUCUCCCAAACACAAUUAUACCAGAGUAAUUUGGUGACCUUAAUGAGUGACAAAAUGUUCUCACUAUACGAACUCCUAUGCGGGAAGAGAACGUCGAUGCCUCCUCAAUAG